UUAUCUGUGUUUGUUUCAUCUUGUGAAUCUGAAUCUUGUUUCAAGUUCCUUUUUCUAAAGCACGCGCUACUUAGACCACCCAGUAUCUAGAGAUAUGUAAUAUAAUACAUCUACAGACACCCAGCGGAAUGAUAUCAAUGUCUUCGUGGACGCAACGCGAAGUCUAAAAACGUGAAGAAAAGGUUUGCUUGGGCAGUUGAAUUGCCUGAAAGGAGUAUGAAUACAUCAAAUAUAUCAAGUAAUUUUUCUGACCAAGGAUACGUGCGUACGCGAACAAUAAUAGCCAUUCAAUCUUCGGUGAUGUUUGCACUAGUGCUUUUAUCGUUGGUAUGUAAUGGACUUGUUGCUAUAACAUUUUGUAAGAGUCGAGAUCUUCUCUCCGUCACAUGUAACAAGUUUGUUCUCAAUAUGACCUUAAUCAACGUGUUUACAACCGUUCUGGUGUUACCUUUUGUUGUCGCCAGUAGCGUUUAUGACGACUGGAUAUUCAGACUAGCUUGGUGCCAAGUGAGCGGGUUUUUGUUGAUACUUCUGUCUAGCGCGUUAUUAUUGACAUUGGCUGCGCUUAGUUACGAUCGAUAUUAUUUCAUCGUGAAACCGUUGCGUCAUCCUAUACAUAUGAGUUCUACAAGAGCGUACAUUAUGAUAAUUUUGAUUUGGUUGUUCUCAUUAUUUGUGGCACUACUCCCGUUGUUAGGCUGGGGUAAAUAUGGCUAUCAAAGGGCAAAGUUAUCAUGUACUGUUUUAUGGCAUCUGUACAGCAGCGGUGGUUAUUCGAAAUUCUUUUGUGUGAUAUCAAUAUUUAUGCCGUUGUUCAUAAUCAUUGUAUCGUAUUUUUUCAUAUUGCGCGCGGUUCAUAAACAAGUUCGAGGAGGCCGACUAAGUCUGGGAAGUCUUAUUUCACCGAGUGAGUAUAUUCAGGCACGAAAUCAACAACGAGCGAUGGCGACACGCGCUGAACAUUCACGCACUAAAGCGUGGAAAGCUCUUGUUCUUCACGUUGGAACGAACUUAGUGUGCUGGGUUCCGUAUUCCGUUUGUAUUCUCAUUGAAAAUUUGCGCAGACGCACGGAUAUAAUUGCGUAUGAGAUACAGACUUUAUCCGUUUUUCUGGCAUUUUCCUCGGUACUCUGGUGUCCGAUAAUUUAUGCAUUUCGUGUGAAAGUGGUUCGACGAGAAAUCAAUACGAUAAUUCGACGUUAUCUCAGGAUAAGCCGUAACCAAGUGAGACCUUUCAAUCCGGAUGAAUGUUCGUUUGUCAUAGAAACCCCAGCGGCUUUUCGAAAUCGUUCAGCUUCUCAAGUAACUAUUAAGGGAUAUGAUGAUUUUUUAAGUACAGAGAUUGAACAAUCGUGCACAUUGCCUUCGAUACCAGAACAUGUAGAAGUACCUCAUAAUUUUCGAAUCGUUAGAAACUAUCUGGAAAAUUCACAACCUGACACAGAAAUGACUGAAUUAAGGACCAGUUCAUUGCCUGGACAGGUUGAGUAAAAUGAGUGAAACUAUGUACAUAAAUACAAACUGUAACUAGUAAAUAAUUGUCGAUACAAAACUUUCACCUUUUAGUUUCGAAUAAUGAAGUACUAGCAGGCAACA